AUGGCAGUUAUUGGAGCUAUUCUGAGUUACCGCCCGUUGCUAAGGAACAAAGGAAACAUGUUUGUGAUCAAUCUAGCCCUAGCGGAUAUUUGUAUUACCAGCAUUGUCAGUCCAAUGAACAGGGUCGGUAAGUAUUAUACGCCAAGGUUUUUCCUUGACAAGGUGGUUCUGUGUCACAUGUUGGGAAGUAUUUGUACGGUCAGCUGUCUGGUAUCGAUGACUUCCAUAGCUGCGGUUGCAGUAAACAGAUUGAUACAGAUUUGCAAGUCGUUUAUAUAUCACCGUAUCUACAAACACAAAAAGACAAUAUUUUAUUGCGUUGGUCUCUGGAUCUGGGCCAUGCUCCUUGAUCUGCCAAAUUGGGUCGGCUGGGGAGGUCACACCUUUGCCUUAAAGGAGAUGGGAUGCACGUUUGACCGGCUUGCAAACUAUGGAUAUACAAUUAUCAUGACUACCAUGUCGAUCUUCCUGCCAAUGACCGUUGUGCUUAGUUAUUAUAUUGCAAUUCUAAUAUAUGUGAGGAAUAGCCGAAGAGAAGUGCGAAAAUUUGGUGGGAGUGAAAAUACCCCGAUGCGCCUAUCACGAUCUAUCAAACAUGACGAAUCUGUAAAGAAAAUGUCGUAUAAAAAGGACGAUCUUCAGUUCGCAAUUAUCCUAUUUAUAUCUUUUCUUGCAUUUGUGCUCUGCUGGAGUCCAUAUAUGGUAGCUUUAAUAUUUGAUUUUGAAGACGAAUGGUCAAAGGAAAUCUACGUUGCCUGGACACUACUUGGACAUUCAAACAGUUGUCUGAACCCUAUUAUAUACGCAAUGGGGUGCGCACGAUUUCGCAAGGGUUAUUAUGUUUUCAUUCAUAAACUGUUUUGUAUGAAGAUAAAGCGAAACUCACACUUCUAUGAUUCAAAAAGUACACUGCGUUAUACGAGCAGAUUUUCAAGAAGUCCUCUCAGAACACCUACUAUUGAAAAGACAUUGCAGAUUACAGACCACAUCAUAUCAUCAAUAUUGUCGACGCCAAUACGUGAAAAAAAAUCAACAGCAGUGAAAAUGUUUCAGCAAGUAGCAAUUGCCUUUCAUCCUGAUUCUUUUUCAAACGUGCCGUAG